ACAUGUAUCAUAUUUUACAGGGGACGGGUCGUCGGCGGGGGCCACGGCGAUGGAGUCAGAGGUACCAAACCAAGCAACGCAAUGCUUCUGGAUCUGGUGGUGGUGGUGGGUGGCGGUGCCGGUGGUGGUCAAGGCGGUGGACAGGGGGAGGCUUUGUUGAAUUCUUUCACGAGAGCUGGAGGCUCACGAGCUCCUCGUCGAAGGAGAGCUGCAGGCCGACGUCGAAGGAGAAGCCGGAGGAGGUCCGCGGCAGGUGCGGCGGGUCCUCGGGCGGCUGCAGGCCCAAAAGCGACUCGCAGGAGUCCGUGGGAGCCGUCAUCCUCGCGCGGCGCGCCCGCUUCACGAGUUUGGGCGGCGAGUGUAAUGGUGCGCUGAGCGGCGGCGGCGUCUCGAGGUCGCGCGGGUCGCCGUCGAAGCUCCAGGUCAGGGGCAGCCCCGGCGACGCGCGACCCGACCGCGGGGACUCGGGCCGCGGCGACGCGGCGCGCGAGAGCAGCGUAAAACUGAGGCGGCCCAGCGACGGGCGCCGCUUCAGGGGCCGCGCCUCGGGCUGGGGCGUGACGACCGGGAGCUGGGGGCGGCGGGCCUUGACGGGCGUCGUCGUCUUGGCGUCCAUUCUUGGUGUCGGGCUGUUGGCGUCGGGCUUUGGCUGUUUCCGGGGCAGUGGCUGAGGGGCAGCCCCUUCGCCGGCGCUUUUCCGGCCGGUUCCGGGGGCAGUGGGGGCGCCGGCGGCUGCGGGGGCGGGAGCGGCGUCGGAUCCGGUGGAGGCGACCUUGGGGCGGCGCGGCGCUCAGCCGAAUUUGCCUGUUCUCUCACGCCAGAGAUUCGCG